GAAGCCUCUGUAGCGCUUCCACGGGCACGUUUGCCCCUUUUUUACCGAGGCUUUGAAUGGAAAUAAGCCCACCCUUACAUCAGCAGCUGGACUCUCUCCGCUCCCCAUCUCUACAAGCCGAGCCCACUCCCUCCUCUCCAGUAGAGCCAAUGAGUUUCGGCUUAGAGAGAGAGAGAAAAAGAAAAAAACAAAAAAAAAAACAGAACAGAACAAGCGGUGUGUUAUGGGAGCUCAUAAAACAAGUGUUUUGCGGAGUAAAGAACAACUAAAGUCAAAGGGGCCUGUCUGCUGUGAGCGUGCCAAAGCUUUGCCGAGAUCCGCCAGCCAACCGCUUCAUUCCCCCAUCCCCCCGGAGACACACCGACAGCCUCUCAUCGCACGACUCCGCUGGUCGGCAGCUUCUCGCACCUUGAGCCAGGAUGAAUGAUGUUCAGGAGGCCACCUCCCCUGCCACCAGCUUGAGCGGCCCAGCCACAUGCGUCUCUAAAGUGGAGCUGCGCGUGUCUUGCAAAGCUCUGCUGGACCGGGACACACUGAACAAGUCGGACCCCUGCGUCGUACUCAUGGGACAGACCAAUGGACAGUGGACAGAGCUGGACAGGACGGAGGUCAUCAAGAGCAAUUUGCAUCCACUCUUUGGGAAGGUUUUCUCUCUGGAUUACUACUUUGAGGAGGUGCAGAAGCUGCGGUUUGAAGUCUACGACAUCCAUGGCACCCACAGCAUCGGGACCCGAGAUGAUGACUUUCUGGGAGGCAUGGAGUGCACACUUGGCCAGAUUGUGGCGCAAAAGAAGAUGUUGAAGCCUUUGUUGCUGAAAUACGGAAAAUAUGCGGGCAAAUCCACCAUCACGGUCCACGCUGAGGAGAUUUCUGGAAAUAAUGGAUAUGUGGAGCUUUCCUUUUGUGCCAAGAAGCUUGAUGAUAAGGAUCUCUUCAGCAAGUCAGACCCUUUUUUGGAAAUAUUUCGAAUCAAUGACGAUGAAACUGAACAGCUUGUCCACAGAACAGAGGUGAUUAAAAACAACCUGAAUCCAGUGUGGGAGCCUUUCAAAGUGUCACUCAUGUCUUUGUGCAGCUGCAACGAAGAGCGAAAGCUCAAGUGCCUAGUGUGGGAUUAUGACUCCAGGGGGAAACAUGAUUUCAUCGGCGAGUUCUUUGCCACUUUCAGGGAAAUGCAGAAAAUUUCCAGUGGAAAUAAGGUGUCGUGGGACUGUGUGAAUCCCAAGUACAAAGUGAAGAAGAGAAACUAUAAAAACUCAGGAGUUGUCAUUCUCACUGACCUCAAGCUCCACAGAGUAUACUCCUUCUUAGAUUACAUCAUGGGAGGAUGCCAAAUUCACUUUACGGUUGCCAUUGACUUCACAGCCUCCAAUGGAGACCCCAGGAACAGCUGCUCUUUGCAUUAUAUCAACCCAUACCAGCCCAACGAGUACCUAAAGGCUCUGAUAGCAGUGGGAGAGAUCUGUCAAGACUAUGACAGUGACAAACGCUUUUCAGCUUUGGGGUUUGGUGCCAGAAUCCCUCCAAAUUAUGAGGUGUCACAUGACUUUGCCAUUAAUUUCAACCCAGAGGAUGACGAAUGUGAAGGAAUCCAAGGAGUUGUUGAGGCUUACCAGAGCUGCCUUCCUAAGAUCCAGUUGUAUGGCCCAACAAACGUUUCUCCGAUCAUUAACAGGAUAGCUAAACUGGCGGCAGGCGAUGGCAACAUUAAAGAUGCUUCUCGAUAUCACAUCCUGCUCAUACUUACGGAUGGUGUGGUGACAGACAUGGCUGACACGCGUGAAGCCAUUGUGCGAGCCUCUUACCAGCCACUCUCCAUCAUCAUUGUCGGUGUGGGAAAUGCAGACUUCACAGACAUGCAGAUUUUGGAUGGAGAUGAUGGAGUCCUGCGCUCACCAAAGGGAGAGCCCGUCCUCAGAGACAUUGUUCAAUUUGUGCCCUUCCGAGACUUCAAAACGGCUUCUCCCUCAGCCCUGGCCAAGUGUGUUCUGGCAGAAGUGCCAGGUCAAGUGGUCGAGUACUUCAGCCACAAGGCCUAUUCUCCCAUGAGCCCAAUGAGGGAAUUACUGAGCCCUGUCCUCAGCCCAGUUGCCACCACCCCUACAGAAUAACUGGUUUGCUGUGUUCUGACCAAGCUUUGACCGCAGCACCAGGCUGGGCGGACUGAGGGGAGAAGAGGAUGCAUGCCUCUCUACUUUGGACAAGGACUGAAGAGAAAAUCCCUCUAAGUGUAUCAAUGCUUAUCUAUUUAAUUUUUCACUCUAAGCAAAAUGUUUACACAAGGACAGAUUUACAAAGAUCGUGGGUCAUCUAUCUGUGCUCAGUGUGGAGGGGGCACCUCCUCUGCAGCUGUGUGAACCGACCAUUCUGCCAUUUCAGCGCUAUGACACCUGGAGGAUCUUGUUUUUUUCCUCCAAAUGUUUAUGCAUGCAGGCAAAUCCUUCAUCACUGAUCUGCUGAUUGGACGCAUGCUCAUUUAUCCCUAUUGCCCACAAAAUUCAGUACCUCAGCUCCGACGGACAAGUUUUUAUGUCAUACGUUCACAUUGUUUUGAAAUGCAGUUCAGUCAGUAUGUGAUUGUUUGACUAAUCAAUUUAAUCAACAUAAAUCAAAUGACUGGAAAUGUGGCAGUCUGUGUCUUAGAAUUCUGAUCACACUGACCUUCACUUACAUGUCAGUGUCUGUCUAGCUGUAGGAUUGGGAUUAUUUUGAAUGAUGUUUUUUAUAAAUACACAGACAAUAAUCUCAAAUCCAACCACUGUAAAUUAGCACUGGAAGACACUGGGAAGUUAUAUUUUUUCAAGAAUAGGUAUGUUUUACCUAUUCUAGCUCAUUACUCAAUAGAACAAAAAAUAUAUCAAAUCAAAAACUGCUCUGAAAUAAGAGUAAACCUCUUAAUUACAACAAAAUGAUAUGAUUAUGGAGACUGAUGCUUAAUAUACACAGUCGAAUGUGUGUAAUUGAAUGUGAGCAAAAUGCUUAUUCAAACAACACAAAUCAAUCAAUACAUAAGAGCUUAAGGUGAGAAAACAGCUGCACCUUGUAUAUAAGCUUUCAGAUGUCACAUCCUUACAGAUGCUUGCUUUUAAACAUUUUCAAAAUUGCAACUGACAAAACACAUUCAGCAUUCUGCAGGUAUUAGCUGUACCUGUAGCUCUCUCUAUGCUUUUUCAUUUCCAAACCAGAGCUAACAUUCUGCCAUACAGAAAAUCUUCUUGCCAAGCUAGAAAGAUGUUUUUCUGCAAGACGUGAUUAAUGAUUACACUCAAUUUCUGGUCUUUUGUCAAGUGGCUGUGGUGUAAGCUGUGAAAAUUAUGCUUAAUGUCAGGUUAUUUCCCUCUGAAUAGUCCAGUGCUGCUGCCCUCUCUUAGCCAAUCUCCAUGCAGGUAUAUUCUUCACAUUUCUGGUGUAAAUUUAAUUCUGUCCCUCUCUUUCUCUCCCUCUCUCUCUUACACACAUAUAUAUAUAUAUAUCUGUGUGUAAGAGAGAGUGGUGUCCUUUAGCUUCUUUCUGUAUGCACUGCAAUGUUUUAAGAGAGAUUUAACUAAUGAGAAAUAUAAACUAAAGCAAACAGAGGAUCUCAGUUAAAGGUGGAACACAAUUGGUGAUAUCUAUUUUAUCUAUGUCUAUCUUUUAAAUUUUAAUUACACAUUCAUGGGAAUGAUAAUUACCCAGUUUAUUACCAUAUGGAGAGUGUAAAACCUUUCCUACAACAGUUGGAUAACAAGUUGUCGUUUAAAAGGCUGUUUUUCAUUGUAAAUACUUGUGUGAGUGGCAGCAUUUAAACAGACCAGAAAAGAGAGAUUAUAUCUUCAAGUUACAGGUAAUUGCAUUUUCAAGAAGUGUGGGAAGACUCAGCCGAAGCGGAGAAUAAGACUUUAAUAGACCAUUUUCCCUGCACAGCUUUUAAAAAGACGUCUCCCUGACAUUUAAACUUCAUUCAUCAUUCAUCAGGAAACUUGGCUCAUCGAAACAAGAUGUUUCCAUUACAUCAUGAACAUAAUGUUUCUGGAAUGCAGAUUUCAUCCAAUUUAUUUCUUUAAUUUAUUUUAUUUCACAUGCAAAUGUUAAAUGGAUAUUCUGAGGUGGUACAGUUGUGUGUGUGUGUGUGUGUGUGUGUGUAUGUAUAUAUGUGCUAAUAAAUUCAGCACGGAGGACGGCUUCUGUAUCUACAGCUGAAAUACGUCACAAUUAUUCUGCACAAGCAAGAAUGUUUUUUUUGCCUUUGAUAUGUCUUUUAGAGCCAUCCCACCUUUACCAAGAAACUUUUUAUUUCUCAGUGCCCUAAAACAGAGCUGCUUCUGCUAUCUGAACUCUUCUAAAGAGCAGCUAUCAAGGAUUCCUGUCCCUGCGGAUCACAGGAGGCCUAUUGAUCCAACAGGCCUACAUUUGAAAACAUGCCCAGUUACGCAAACGUAUUGGUCUUAUAGCUGAAGCUCAGCUCCAUCUCACUAGUCUAAAGUGGAAGAAUGAUGUAGAAAUGACAAAUUAUUCUGAUGGAAUUUAGAGUGUAAUUUGUGCAAAAUGUACUAUUUAUUGCAGAACUUAAUCUUUUCUGAAUUAUCAUGAUACAUUUCCGAAGUGAUUCAGCAUUACUGCCACUUUUUGUGAAUAAUAGGUUCUUUCACUCUAAAUUAAUUACAAUGUAAAUGCCUUUUUCUGAUGAGAAUCACAUUGGCAAAAAGGCAUUUUCAAAGCAUUUAACUAACAAACCAGCCUUGUGCUUUCACUUAACAUUUUCAUAGGUGUUCAUUCUGACUAAAUAAUGCAGUGGAAAUAUUAACCAUUGUUUCUGUUCCUUGGGGGCAAACUGGCUUGCAUAUUAAUGUUUAAAAGGUGUCAGCUCUCCAUCUAUGAUUAGUUUCUUGAAUGCCAGUAAACUCUUAUGCCCUAUUACUAAUAUUGCAUUUUUGCUUAGCCUCAAGCCAUGAGCUACAGCAGCUCAGAUGCUUCAUUAGUGUUUACUGUUAAUAUUCCUCUGUGAUGUGAAUUGAUGGACCAACCAUUACUCUACACAUCGCUUGCAUCAUACAAAAGGGAUUAUAAAAAAAAUGAAAUAAUUCCCUCCCCUUCUUAAGCAUUGAUAUAGUACAGUGAACCAUGGGCGUUUGUUUUGCCGCUCUGAAGUACACUGAAUUACAAAAUGCAAACCUAUCAAACACUGCAUCUUAUCUGAAUGUGUCAUCAUAUUUGCUUCAAAUAGCCCCCAGGUCAAUUGAAUUCUGUAUUGUCUUCAUUAACAGUUACAGCCAGUUACUUUGGCUUCCUUAAUCAUGCCUCAAGUUCUAAUAAUUUCAUAUUCAUUGCUAAUAUGUUGCUCAUUAUAUCCUGUAGGCUCAAAACAUCUUCAGAAGGAAAUCUCUAUUUUUAUGUUUUUUGGGUCAUAGCAGUGCAAGUAACAGUGGGCUGAAACACUACAGAAAGCUAAGUCUACAGUUCACGAAGACAUCUUGCUCCACAGAUUAAACUAAGCUGGGAGGAAUCCAUUGAGCUGCUUAUUGUCCCUUAUCUGCACCUGCACCAUUGACGGGCAAAAAUGAACAAUUCAUAGAUUUCCUACUAUGUCAAUAUACAUGCGGUUACUCAUGCACACACAUUCACACAAACCCACUUUCUCGCUGCCUUUCUCUAUCUCUCACUUUCUCCUUUUCAUUGAUAACCAGAAUAUGGUUUGCAGCCCUUUCACGCAAAUGGUGUAACUGCAGGCUCUAUGGGAAACAAGAACCCCGUAGAUCUUUUGAUUUCUGCAAAAAAGGAAAAGGGAUUUAUUGCAUGCUUACUUUUACUGUUAAGCCGUGCUGUGCUGUCACUCCUUUGGAUUUUAUGAUAUGCUAAUAUGCAAGCCUGAAUAUGCACAAACCUCUGCUCCUGUGGUUUACGCUCUCUGUCUUGCUGUUGGAUAAAUAAAA